AUGCAAAAAAUGAACUCUAAGUACAUCUUACAGCUGAUUCUAUUGGUAUUGAUAGUUUUCAUAAUUAUCACUAUCUAUUGUUGGAUUUUAUAAAUUCUUCAUCCAAGGAAUAAAAAAUGUUUAUAUUACAGUUAUAAGCAGAGGAUUUUUAAGUAUUCUAUCGAGAAUAUAUACGAAUACUUAUAUUCUAUGAAAAACUAGAUAAUGUGAAAAUUAUUAAAAGUUUUGUUAAUAUAAUAAAGUUUAUAAAUCAUUUACUUCAUUUUAAUAUAUUUUAAAUUAAUCAUAUUCUACAUUAGAGAAGUUUUCAAAGUAAAAGAAAAACAUAUAUUUUUUAAUAUUUUUGAAUAGUAAUUUUCUAUAUUACUACUUUUUGUAAGUUUAAAUUAAUUCACAAAUCUAGUUUUCCAUUAAUAUUAACACUGGGUAGAAUAUUUAUAUCAUAUCCUCUUGCUAUGUUGAUAAAACUGCAUAAUAUUACUAUAAACAAUUAUAUAUUUUUGUAGCUCUAGAAACUUGCGCUCAGAAUAAUUACUUCUUAGAUCAGUUUUUCAUGCUCUUCCUUAAUAAAUUUUACGUAUAUUUAUAUAGCUGUUCAUUCUAUUUGAAGAAGUCCCAAAUUUUGUCAUGCGCUAGAAGAGUAGAAAAACUGAUCAUUUAGUUUUAGAAAUAUCAAUACUAUGUAUAUACAUAAAAAUUAUAUCCAGGAAAUUGUGUAUCAAUAUUUUAUUUAGAUCAUUUUAAAAAUCAAGCAGUAGGAAUGUAGUAAGGAGGCCUUGAUUUUAGUUUCUUAAGACAUUUGGAAUUGCAUUAUAUAUAUUUACAUUUUUUAAAAAAGUAUAAACAGUUAAAUUUAGGUUCAAAUUAUUUAAUUAAUUAAUUUUACUAUAACUAAAAUUUUAUGAUUGUCUAAAAACAAUAUUAAUUACAAAAAGUCAAUAUUAAAUAUUAUAUCACUUGUAACGAAAAAAGGAAUAUAGAAAUCAUUAAGAUACAGAUUUCAGAAUUCCUCGUGUAAAUGUAGUGGAGGGCAAGUAAGUAUAGUACUUAAGAUAUAUUACUGUUAUAGCACAUUAUUUCUGAAGACAUUAAAUAUAUUUGUACACAGAGACUUAAGUGGUUAAUGACACCACAUGUAUCAGGUAAUCAUAUAUUUAUUCCUUUAUCUUGUUAUGUGAUUAAUUUUGUACCUCCAAAAAUUUAUGUAACAGAAACUAUUUGUCAAGGCCAUCCUCAUAUAAAUCUAGCAUACAUAUACCAAAGUAUAUAUUACCGUUCCUGGUUAAAAAUGGUCCUGAAAUUAACUAACGUUAACAGUCUAUUAUCGUUUUAAAGUAAUAUAUUAAAAUAAAUAACAAAUCCCCUGCAUAGAAUUAUCUCCUCUAUUUUUACUAAUAAUGAAGUAUGAAGUGUAUAAAAGUAGUAAUAUAUUUUACUGAUAUCUUAGACAAUUUACUUAUAGAGUUUGCUCAGAUAGUAAUUUUCAUUUUGUAUAUUUUUGAAAACAUUAAUUAAUCGUUGUGACAAAAUAUUGAAAAUAUACAAUUUUAUUCAUCUAUAAAUGAUUCAAAAUCAUAAGAUAGUUAAAUAACAUUUCAUUAAACUAUCAUGCCUUAGUUAUUACAUAUUCAUACUGCAAAAAUAUGUUCAUAAUUAAAAUUAAAAAUUUAAAUGCAAAAAUUAUCGAAAUUCUUGUGUACUUUAAAUUAAAAAGUAAACUAUUUUAUCCAUUUUGAUACAUACAAUCAUGAGUUUAUUACUAAUCUUUUAUUGAAUAUUAUUCAAGUAUUAGUAAUAACAAAAGUAAUAGUAUACUCGUGAUAAUGAUAACAAUGGUUAUAAAAAUAAAUCCAAAAUACAUUUUUAACAUGUGUUUCUUCUGCCUUUCGUUUACUAGUAGUCCUAUUCUUUAAUUUCUAUAUUUGAUAUAAUCCUUAAUCUUAUAAGUUUAUUUAUUUAGACAGCAAUGCUAACAAUUAUUUAAUCAUUAUUAAAUAAUAAAUUUAUUUUGCAUUUUGUACUUAUAAUAUUGUAGAUAUCAGUACUACACAUAAUAGGGCUAUUAGUUAACAGAAAUGAUAGAAAAUAUGUGCAUUUAUAAGAUUUAAACAGAUGGUUCUUUAUUUUUUGGUUUGUAUAUACUUAUUGUAAUUUUUCUUUUGUAUGUCUCUUAAAUAUUUGUUUUCAAACAAUUUCAUUAAAUGUGCUUGCAUAGUAAUUUUACAAUAUUUACAAUAGUAAUAUUCACUUUAUCUGCUUUAAAAAAUCAGCAUUUCAGAAAUAUUACAUGAUGUGCAGAAUAAAAAGAAGCAAAAUUUCUUUGAUGGGUGUAUCUGAAUUAUACAUAUAUUUUUUUCUUCUUUUCAAAUGGAAUUUUUUUUUAAUUUGCAUAUUACUAUCUUAAAUUACAUAAUGCUUAUUAUCCUAUGUUUAAUUUUUAGAUUUUUAAUUAAAAAACUAAUUUCUCUAAAGACUUUAUUAAAUCAAUUAUUUUGUUGUAUAAUCCUUUCAUGUCCCAUUUUCAUUCUUCAGGUUACAUUUCAACAAUACUCGAGUCCUUUCCUACAAUUCAAGUUGAAUUCUCAAAUUAUUGAUCCUAAUAAUAACUAUUAGUAUUUCAAUAUAAUUACACAUAUUACAUAAUUUAAUUUAAAAGCUGAAAAAUACAGUUCAAAAAAAUAAAAAAUUCAUUAUUUCAAAAUUGUAUCUAGAAACAAGUUAAUAUAAAAUAAUUAAAGUAUAAAUAGUUAAUACUAUUUGCUUUCUGUAUUCUAAUUCCAAGAUUUGCCAAUAAAGUUUGUGUAAAUUAAUAGUACAGUUGGAAAUAUAAAAUUUUGACAUUUUAUAUAAUCUUUUUCUUUUUUUAAGGGAAAAUGAUUUUACUGUCCACAUAUAUUAUGUAUAUGUAAAUAAAGACGAUCCUUCCUUAAUUUUUCUAUACUAAUAAAAUUUCUUCUUAAUUUUUACAGUGUAGUAUUUAAUGCAUCAUAAAAUAAUUUUGGAAUGUGACAUGCUUGAUAUUGUGUACAAUUAUCUAUUUUAACUGCAAAUGUGUCAAGAUCUUAAUUGUUAAAUUUAUUCAUUUAUUUUGUCAUGAUAAAGUUAUUUUAUUUAUAGUUAAAAUAAUACAAUCAUCUUAUUAUUUAUUUAACAUUAUAAAUAUAUUUGCAUAAUUAUAUAUGGGAAUAUAUAAACAUAUAUAUGUAAAUAGUAUGCACUUACAAUUAAUGAAAACAACAAUUAAGAUCUUGGAAUGAAUAUGUAUUUUAUACUGAAAAUCUUAAUAUUUUGACUUCACUAUAAGAAAAAAUACAAUUUUAUGUAUAAUACCAUCAUACAUAGAUUUAUUGAUAUGAUAUUAUUUAUCUACAUUAUUGUAUAUAAUAUACAUAAUUAAACAUAUAUUUAAUGAGUAUAAUUGUUAUUUUGAUAAAUGUGUGCAUUUUGCGAAUGAUUUUAUUAUCUUGCAAAAAGUUUUAUAAAUUUUUAAGUAAUUAAUACAUUCCAUCAUAAUUUGCAUUUUGCAGCUUUAAAUAUUUAAAAAAUUUUUCUUUAUUUUUUAUAUGCCACGUAUAUUUUAGAAUGCUUUUUUAAAGUCAAAAAAAAUUUUGUAUGGAAAUUUUAUUAGACAUUAGAUUACUUUAAACAUAAUAUUAGUCCAAAUAACAUUUUAUUUUAUGUAUUGCUAUUUUUGGAUUAUGAUCCAUUUAAAUUUUUAUUGAAAGUAAUAGUAAAAGAAAUUUUGUAUUUAAAAGUUUUUGAAUGUUUUGGAUAUUUUCGAUUUAUUAUAAUGUUUAAAAUUUAACAUACCAAUUUAAAUUAUAUACAAUGUUUUCGCGAACUUAAAUAGAACAUUGAGCAAUUAAUAAAAUAAGUAUAAACAUAAAAUAUUUCAAAUAUAAAAUUUACAAUUUAUUAAAGAAAAUUCUAGAAAUGUGUUUCAUAACUAUUGUAAAAUAUUUUUAAUCAAUUUUUAAAAUACAAAUUAAACUUGAAAAAUAAAAAAAUAUUCUUAAAUAUAAUUUAUUUUAAUAUUUGCCAUAUUUUCUAAUAUUUCAAGGUAAUCAUCUUUGUUUACAUUUAAUAUUUCACUAGUGUAAGUAUGUAAUGUAUUUUAUAACUUUAAUUGAUAUCAUAAAAACAGUUAUUCAUUAUCUUAAUAUUUAAAUAUAUUUAAAUAUAUAAUCAGUAAUGAAUAUUUUAAGAAUGUAAUAUUUAUAUAUAUGUUUAUUAUAGGAUUAAUUUAUAAUUUUAUAUUUUUUGAAAUUAUAAUGUAAAACAAAUAAUAUUCUAUCUUUAAAAAAAUAUUUUUUUCCUUUUUUUAAUUGUUAAUAAUAAGUAUUUUAUUCUAAAUUUAAAAUAUGUGUAUAAAAAUUAAAAUACUAUAUGAUGAUAUGCUUACAGAAUUCUCAAGCCAGUUAGUGUACACAAUAUGUAUACAAUUUGAUACAUGUGAUAUACAAUAAACUGGUGAACCAAAAGUCACGAAAAUGAGAUAUCAAGCAACAACUACUGAGGAGUGCUACAAGAAGAGUUGGAAUGAUAAUCAUACAGUGGAAUGGUAAUCAAAUGAUAUUAUAGGCAUAAUUAAUUUCUGAUUAAAUAAUUUUGAGAGUUGCAUUGUAAUACUAAAUUCAGUUACAAAAUUUAUUGUACAAAGUAUUUUAAUUUUUAAGAUAAAAAAUCUGAUCAAGUUCUCUAUAGCAAUAUAUUACAGGUUUUUACUUUGAACAUAUAGUCAAUGUUGUAUAUUAUUAUCCUUCUCUACUUAAUAAAUAUUUAUCAAUUAUAUUCGAUCGAUUUUUAUUUAUAUAAUCCAAAAAUAUACAAAUUUAUAUUUAAAAUCCCCAUAUUUACUGAAUUAAAAAAUAUGAUACAAUUACUAGAAAAUAAAUUUUAAUUUAUAUGAAACUUUAGAUAAAACAUAUUGUAACACAAUGA